AUGUCUGCCCUUCUGGAACACUCCUUCUUUGAACAGGAGUAUUUUGCCGGUUUCGGCGUCCACUCCGACACCGACUGGGACGGCAUCAGCUUGCCAUCUUCACAAACCCUCCUAACUUAUCCAAAUGUCAUGGGGAUUUUUCCUCGAGGAAGAGUGUUUUCAAGCUCUCCUCAAGGGUGGAUGACCCGUUCUCCAAGGCACUUGCCGCUUCCUCAGGCCUCAAGAGAACGGAGCUACCGGUCUCUGAGCUCGGGUCACUUUUUGUCUGACUACUCUUGUCAGGUCCGUUUGGUGACGGAGGCAUUCCAGGGUAAGGAUGCCUCUGUUCCUUCUCAAGAAGAGGCCUCAACAAGUUCCACGGAAACCAACUCUGCUCCGCCGAUAGACGCGGUGGAUGCCUACGUUUCAGGACCUGCUAACAGUAAUAUUCCUGAGAUAACGGUCCCUGACUCUAGGUCUCCCCCUUCCGUUCAAUCCGUCAAUUUCCCUACCCAAAUGUCGCCAGACUCGCAGAAGGAAGUCUUGUUCCCCCAGACACCGCAGCGGACCAACUCCUCGACUAUGUUGGGGCACAGUGUGGGGCCUACAACGAGCCAGGCUCCGGAAUCUCAACCUACGCCGUGUCCGUGUGGUUACCAGAGUGAAGUGCCUGUUCAUUCCCAUAUCGUCACUCUACAAAUCCCGCCACAGCAGGACGAGGUUGCGAUUACGCCGGCGGCACAGGGUCCCGUCGAUGUCACCUCGCGUUCCAGUCCAGACCUGGAGAUGUCGGAGCAGACAAGAGCUUGCAAGGGAAUUGACAAAACCCUCAAGAAAAAGCGAGUAAUCAGAAACCUUCAGUAUCCUAAAGUCCAAAAAGAGCUGCCCUUCGAAGCUAAGGUAUUGUCUAUGGGGGAGAAGGUUGAAGUGAGGAUACGAUUUGAGGAGAGGAAGGCAUUCUACAAGGUCUACUGUCAAUCGCAGGACACCCACGAAUACCGCCUUCCCAUAUUUAGAACUCUCAGCACGUUGCUGCAGAUGAUGUCCAGUCAGAGGUACUCCUCUCAUAUCUCAAUCAAGGAAGAUCCUCACAUUUUGGUCAUCAAAGAAAGACUGUCCUAUCUGGUCAGUCUCAGGCGCUUUGAAUCCCGCCUUACGUUUCAACAAAUGGCUCACAUACUCGGACUCCUGCGGUUCAAAAUUACUUUGAUCAGGGUGAUUGAAGCGAUCUUCAUCCUUUUGUUUGAGCAAUUGUGUGGACUCAAAUUAACGAGUCAAAGGUGGACCAAGCUUGAGUCGUCUGAACGUAAAACUAUGACAGCUCGUGUUUAUCGGUUUUCCAAGCAUUAUUUCCCAACCAUCAACACGACAAUACUCGAUAUAAUCAUGCGGAGGGCGUCCUACUCGAAAGCCCAGCUCGAGCUCAAAGGUAGAAGGUUGAAGAAGAAUAAGUAUAAGAAGAGGAAGGAUGGGACAAGUCUAUUCGACGAGUUUAAUUUAUGA